AUGGAUCUCGCCUACGACUACAUGCAGGAUGACGCCCAUCCCAAGGACCAGGGCGUCGCAGCCAGUGCCUCCCAUCCCGAGCAACAGCCAUCGCUCAACGACGACAUUCAGGACGCGUACAAGGCCAUAUCCUCCAGUGCCUGGGGCAUCAAGAUUGGCGGCUUCCUUGGGACGGUCGUCAAACAGGGCGAGUCCGUCUACAAUCAAGCCCAGAAGGAACUUGCCGAGGUCGGCGAAGAUGCGACAAAGGGCCUCACCGACCUUCGCGAGUCCAUCAUGAGCCGCACGAGGUCUUUGACACAGAACACCAUCCAGGCGCCAGACUCAAGAGACGGCGACGACAGCCAGUCCACUCCCACGAGGCUUCAGCUCGAGGCGGCCAAACGCCUCAAAGACCUCCAGCGCGCCGAAGAUGCCGCCGACGAAGCCCUUCUCCGCUUCGGCGGCAACGUGCGAGACUUUCUCCGAGAUGCCAUCAACAUUGCCCCUCCCGAGGAAUCCGCGCCGGGAAGCGGCACUGUGCUCUUCGAGAGCAAGGAUGCGCAGGGGAGGCGCGUCAUUCACACCUCUAGGUUUGAUGCGCAGCUGCACGUCAUACACGCCUCGGCCGAUCGCUUCACCGAGGACCCGUCGGGUGCGGAAUUCGAGACGUGGGCCCUCGACUUUGACGUAGAGCAGAGGACAGAAGACAUCAGCAGCGAUCUCGCCAAACACCCCGAGCUGCGAAGCACCAUGGAGCAGCUAGUGCCGGACCGGGUCCCCUACGUCGACUUCUGGAAACGCUACUACUUUUUCCGCCACGGCAUCGAAACGGCUGAGUCUAGACGACGGGAUCUCCUCAAAGCCGCAUCUGCCGAGGACGAAGUAGGGUGGGACGACGAUUCCGACGACGAGGCCGCUCCAAAAGAGGCUUCCAAGGAAAAAGCAGCCUCUGCAACGUCGUCCACAACUCUUCAGCCCCAGACGCAAUCCCAGUCAAGUCCAACCGAGGCCCGGAAAUCCAACGACGAAAAGAGUGUGGCGGAUAGCGAAGCCAGCUACGACGUCGUAGGUGCAGCGUCGGGCAAGACGAGCCAGGCCCCGAACAGCCCCAAGGAGGGCAAAAGGGCCGACGACAGCGACGACGACUGGGAAUGA